AUAUUAAAACUGGAAGCUUACAUAUUUUGCUGGAUAUUGGAAAUUGAAUAUAAUGGCAGCAGAGUUCAUAAAGGGUUGCUGUAGAGGAUGUUUCUAUGGUGAAACAGAAAAGCACAGCUUUUCUGCGGAAAAAGACUAUAAAACAGCGGUCUCAAAGAGUCAAAAUACAACUGUCUGUAUACCUCCAUUGACUUCUGUUUCUGAAAAGCCUCAGAUGGGCUGUACUGAGGAUUAUUUACUUUCCAAAUUACCGUCAGAUGGCAAAGAUGUACCAUUUGUGGUGCCCAAGUUUAGGUUAUCGUACAUUCAGCCCAGGACGCAAGGAACUCUUUCACACCUGGAAGAACUUGAAGGAUCUGCCAGAGCGUCUUUUGGAGACCGAAAGGUAGAACUUUCCAGUGCAUCACAUAAUGGACCCAGCUAUGACGUAUAUAACCCAUAUUAUAUGCAUCAGCACAUUUCACCAGACUUGAGUAGGCGCUUUCCUCCUUGUUCUGAAGCCACGAGACUAUAUGGAUCAGUUUGUGAUUUAAGGACCAACAAACUCCCUGGUUCCCCUGGGUUAAGCAAGUCUAUGCUUGAUCUUACAAGUUCUCAGCGGUUCAUCCAGAGACAUGAUUCACUGUCCAGCGUGCCCAGUAGUUCUUCAUCGAGGAAAAAUUCUCAGGGGAGUAACAGAAGCCUGGGCCAUUUUCUUAUAAGGAUGCCAGUUGUUGGACUAGGGGUCUCUACUCUUGAAUUUAUGGAAACUUUUGUAUUUGCUAUUAAACUCCAAACUCUACAAACGGUAAGGCUUGUAUUUAAGAUUCAAACCCAGACUCCCAGGAAGAAGACCAUUGGAGAAUGCUCACUGUCACUCAGAACUCUUAGCACACAGGAAAUGGAUUACUCUUUGGAUAUAACACCACCUUCAAAAAUUUCUAUUUGGAUAAGUGAAGACAGCAAUAACAUGGAAGCAGCAAACCAGUGGAAAGAGACUGUUACAAAUCCAGAAAAGGUUGUGAUCCAGUGGCACAAACUAAAUCCGUCUUGAAGAUUUCACAUAUUAAUUUGAUGAAGAACUUGACAUUCUUUUAGAAGACUUACGAUUUUGAUUUGCUACCAAUGAGAAGAGACAAAUCAGUAGAUAUGUCAACUCAUUUGUGGAGGUCAUAAUUAUACGACGGAUCUGAUAGAAAUUAAACUUGAUAUGAAUUAUGUCAGAUAUCCAAAGUAAAAAACAAAGGUUUUAAAACUGUGCCAAAAUAGUCAAUGAAAUAAAAGGGGUUAGUAUUAUUCGGGCAACUAAAUAAAUUAUAAAAUCAGUGAGAAUAUCAACCGUGGAUAGUUAUUGCCAUAUUAUGUUUAUGGGGUUUUUUCAAGCUUUACCUAGAUAUUCAAAAUCUAGUAUCUCAAAGCUGUCAGUACUGCUUGGCAUUUUGAAAACUUUACCACUGAC